AUGUCUGUAUCGCCGAGAAAUGUGAAAUCUAGAUCUGGCUGCAGCACCUGCAAACAGCGAAGGAUAAAAUGUGACGAGGCGAAGCCAAACUGCAAUCAAUGUGUUCGGAAACACCUCGAAUGUCCUGGAUAUGGGCCGCGUUGGAAAUGGUCAAGUAAACAUGAGAAGCACUCCGAACUUCAGAUCCGGAAGAAGUCCGUCUCGAGGAAAACGACGUCCGUUCCAAGACCUUCUCAUGAUGAUGCGGAGGUCAACAACACUAGUCCACCUGUGUCCAACGCCGGUCCAUUUCUAAUCAUAGACGUUCUUGACCAUGGUGUCCCUGAUGAGCAAUUGCUAAAUAAAUAUGCAAAUGGCAAUCUAGACGAUAAGGAGAACGAGAUAUUCUGUCAUGAGCCCUUUCAAUUUGGCUUACAGGAUGAUAUUUCUCCAGGGGCUUUAAUACUGAACUCGUCUGGGUCAGUACCAUCAAACAACCCCGAGUUGAACAUGUCAAACUCCUAUCACCAAUCGCCCAUCACAGUUACCCAGGAUAUCUGGCAGCCACCCGACACAAUUCUUAGCAAUCCACAGGUACAAGUCGAAUACUUUACGCAAAAGAUCUGCAAAGUCCUGAGUGCUUUCGACUCGGAUUGUAACUCCUUUCGGAAGCUCGCGAUUUCACGGGUGAAGGAAUCCUUACUAUUCUUCUCCUUGUUCCGAUUUAUCACCGCCGCGUUUCUUCGUUCAAGUGCAUCCAAGACCGACGGGACCAUCAUCGUCCGAAAUGCGCAGGCGGAGAUCCUGCACAGGCUUCAGAACGAGGUUGCGCAAUUGGACCAUUCAAACCGAACCAAAAUUGAAGAUGCUCUGCUCGCCGUCAUCAUGUUUGGUCUCAGCUCCAAUUGGGACGGCUCGAACUCACCGAGCAUUUUUCAUUACAAUGGGGCUGUUCGUCUAUAUCACUACGCCUACCCAGAUCGCACAAGCCCUCCUCCGCGGGGAGGGCACCAGGAAUUCUCCCUCUACGCCUUGACGUACUGGUGGAUGGGUCUGGCUUUCAUCACCGACACAUCCGAGCAUCAUGUCCUGGAACCUCCUUCGGUUGUGAUCUGCGGUGACAACUUCCAUACACGCAUGGGCAAGCGGAUUCCGCACCCUCUCAUUGGAGUAUCUCCAGAACCGCAAAUCCUUCUUGGACAGGUUGGCCGCUUACUUCACAAGCAAAGAAUGAGGAGUCGGAAGAAAUGCUUCAUCAGUGUGAGGACUCUGCAAACUGAUCUCCAAGUCCUGCAACAAGCUCAGAGACUGGAAAAGGAAGCUUUGUCGCUGAUCCUACCAGAUGAAGAUAAUUACGUCGACGUCUCAGACCCUGACACACCGGUAGCAGAUCUAUUCAAUAUUGCAGAGAUUCAUCGAUUAUCGGCCUUGAUAUUGUUGUACCGAGCAUUUCCUGAUCUCCUUGAUAACAGACUUGGACUGGCAGCCAGUUCCAUUGACAGUGGGCAGUCGGAAUUAGCAAGGCUCUCCUGGGUGACGAUGUUGGCAUGCUAUGCCCUCGAACUCCUUAGCCAGAACUCCCCGCGGUCGGGGACUCGCAGUAUUGAACAGAUACUGUUAAUCAUCAUUGCAGGUGAACUGAGGCAGAAUCUGGUCUCGAUGGAUCUGUGCGCAAGUAUCGCAACUGAUGAUUCCGACUUUGGAGCAUUGGUGGCAGCGAUGUCCGCAUCUCCAAUAUGUGCGGCUAUGUCUCAAAACUCAUAUACCGGUCUUCGCAUAUUCGAGGAAGAAGAUUAUCCUCACCAAGAAUCGUUUGACCUGAAUGAACACCUUACAGCAGAACACAUCAGUGAAGCACGCGCAACGGUUCUCAAGCGGCUUGGUGCGAUUCGAGAGAUAUUGCCUUAUAAGUCGCUUGAGAUGGUGGAAGAACUCAUACUCAAGACAUGGGCACAAAACGGCUAUGAGCAGGGCGAAGUAUUCUGGAUGGACGUCAUGAUCGAAAACGACUGGAAGUUUCUCCUGGUGUGA